AUUCUCUUUAGUGUUUGCCCUGUGUCCGCCACCUCCCUCCGCCACUGCGAUUCGCCCCCCCUUCCCAGACCCCCUCCCCGCCUCGGGACCCGGCCAAUGGACUGAGACGCCCGCCUGCCCGCCCGCAGCACCAGCCGGCCCGGGAGCCGCAGCCCAGGCAGCCAGGCUUUCUCCAACAUAAAUACCCGCCUUGGAACUAAAACCAAAACUUCACUGUCCCUGGAUCACCUAAAGGUAGACCAUUAGGCUCCAUCACACUGAAUUAAUCUGCAUUCAAAGCUGUCUACCUGCAGUAAUUCACUUUGGUUGCAAGUGAACAUGUCUCAAGUUCAAAUUCAGAAUCCAUCUGCUGCUCUCUCUGGGAGCCAAAUAUUGAAUAAGAACCAAUCUCUUUCGCAGCCUUUGAGUAUUCCUUCUACCACUAGUUCUCUGCCCUCUGAAAAUGCAGGUAGACCUCUUCAAAACUCUGCUUUACCUUCUGCAUCUGUUACAUCCACCAGUGCAGCUGCAGCUCCUUCUAACAUGGCAAACCCCAAAGAGAAAACCCCAAUGUGUCUUGUGAAUGAGUUAGCCCGUUUCAACAAGAUUCAGCCUGAGUAUAAGCUUUUGAGCGAGCAAGGUCCAGCUCACUCUAAGGUGUUUACAGUGCAGCUGACUCUUGGGGACCAGCACUGGGAAGCUGAAGGAACUAGUAUUAAAAAAGCUCAACAUGCGGCAGCUGCCAAAGCUUUGGAAGGGACAAAAUUUCCUAAACCUACAGCUCGCCCGUCUCGUAGUGAAGGAAAGAAUCCAGGUAUUUGCCAGGACAGGCUCUUUAAAAAUGUGUAUAGGAUACCCACAUCUGAACUUGAUAGUGUAACCCCCACAGUGGAGCUAAAUGCUCUUUGCAUGAAGCUGGGAAAGAAACCUAUGUACAAACCUAUUGACCCUUACACAGGGAUGAGAUCUACCUACAACUAUAAUAUGAGAGGUGGUGCUUAUCCUCCACGGUACUUUUACCCAUUUCCUGUUGGACCCUUACUUUAUCAAGUUGAGCUCUCUAUUGGAGGACAGCAGUUUCAUGGGAAAGGAAGAACAAGACAGGCUGCUAAGCAUGAUGCAGCUGCUAAAGCACUGAAAAUUCUGCAAAAUGAGCCCCUGCCUGAGAAACCAGAGGUUAAUGGAAAAGAAUCAGAUGAUGAAAAUCUCAAUAAAUCUGAAAUAAGUCAAGUGUUUGAGAUUGCACUUAAAAGGAACUUGCCUGUGAAUUUUGAGUUUUUCCCUCUGAAACAGGUGACAAAGGAAAGUGGUCCUCCCCAUAUGAAGAGCUUUGUAACCAAGGUGUUUGUUGGAGAAUUUAUGGGUGAAGGUGAAGGAAAGAGCAAGAAGAUCUCAAAGAAAAAUGCUGCAAUAGCGGUCCUAGAGGAACUGAAAAAACUGCCACCCCUUCCUAUGGUUGAGAAAAUGAAGCCACGAAUCAAAAAGAAAACAAAAUCAAUAGUGAAGCUGCAAACAAGCCCAGAAUAUGGCCAAGGAAUGAAUCCCAUUAGCAGACUUGCUCAGAUACAGCAGGCCAAAAAAGAGAAGGAGCCAGAGUACAUGCUCAUCACAGAACGUGGUCUUCCAAGGCGCAGGGAGUUUGUUAUGCAGGUGAAAGUUGGCAUGCACACAGCUGAAGGAAUGGGUACGAACAAGAAAGUGGCUAAACGCAAUGCGGCUGAAAACAUGCUGGAGCUUUUAGGUUUCAAAGUCCCCCAACCUCAACCCCCAAAGCCAGCACUAAAGACAGAAGAGAAGACGCCAGUAAAGAAACCAGGUGAUGGGAGAAAAGUAACCUUCUUUGAACCAGGCACUGAAGAAACUUCAGCUAGUAAUAAAGAUGAUGAGUUUAGGAUGCCUUAUCUCAGCCAUCAGCAGCUUCCUGCUGGAAUUCUUCCCAUGGUCCCAGAGGUUGCACAAGCUGUAGGAGCCAAUCAAGGACACCACACCAAAGAGUUCAACAGGGCAGCCCCUAAUCCUGCCAAGGCUACAGUAACAGCCAUGAUUGCUAGAGAGCUGUUAUAUGGUGGUACAUCUCCUACUGCUGAGACCAUAUUGAAGAAUAACAACUCAUCAGGCUAUGUACCCCACGGACCACUCACUAGGCCCUCUGAACAAUUGGACUAUCUUUCCAGUGUUCAGGGAAUCCAGGUGGAAUACAAAGACUUUCCAAAAAAUAACAAGAACGAGUUUGUAUCUCUUAUAAACUGUUCCUCUCAGCCACCACUGAUCAGCCAUGGAAUUGGAAAGGAUGUAGAAUCUUGCCAUGAUAUGGCUGCACUGAACAUUUUAAAGUUGCUGUCUGAGUUGGACCAACAAAGUACAGAGAUGCCACGACAAGGAAAUGGACCAAUGUCUGUAUGUGUGAAACAAGAAAUGGAAAGUGACCCUCUCCUCAAACCGGCUAACUCAAACACUUUGGGACAAACACUGGACAGCACUGCCUGAAAAGGCUUUUGACUGGACCCAAACCUGAAAGCACCAGAGAAAAUCAAAUGCUUCCUAUUAAUGUAACCUAACUGUUUUAGAGUGCUACAGUCUUUCCAACCUACUGUAGUAUCUAAAUCAUAACCGUUGCUUUUUCUUCAAAGUGAUAAAUUUUUAGUUUCAUGAUACUGUUUUGAUUGAAAUGACACUAUAAAUUUUUCAUUUAAAAGUUUCUUAAUUGUAUCUAGAACAAUAGCACAGUUUAGAAACUUUGUCUUCUGAGACUGAUGUUAUCUGUGAACUAACUUGGGAAGAUCAUAUCCAUGUAUGUGGUUAUUUUGUUUUUAUUGAAAUAGCAAAGUUUCAUUGGAAACAAAUUGUGUGCCCUCCAUUUAAUAAUAAAAAAAAAGUCAAGGACUUUGGCAAACUUAACUUAAUUCUCAAAACGGUUGUAUGAAUUAAACAUUUUAGGAAUUUUAAACUUUGAUUUUUGAUUAAUUUCUAGUUUUCUUGAGGGGGAUGGCGGACUUGAAUGCAACAGGAGUUUAAAUCUCUGAUCUAUGUUUUAAAGAUUGUGUGUGUGUGUGUGUAUAUAUAUAUAUAUAUAUAUAGUGGCACACAACUCACUACAUUACAGGAUAUGAUCUCAAUGUAGUGCAUAUAAAACUGCAGAUUGAUUUUCCUUGAGUGCUUUAUACUGUUUAAUUACAUCUCCAUGUAGGGCUGAAAAAAAUUACCUAUGUUUAUAUAUAAACUGUGUUGCUUUUGAUGUUGUGUUAUUGCGCACAAUUCUGUGCGCAAUAAGUUUUUUGCAUAUGGUCCAGGUAAAGCACGAUAGCCUUGCAAGUUAAGUACUGCUUCAGUUCAUUGUUUACGCUGGAAUUUUUUCUCCCCAUGGAAUGUAAGUAAAACGUAGUGUUUGUCUCAAAUAAAUGGUAAUACUAAAAAAUUUUUGGUUAAUUUAUUCUUGUAUGCCAUUACUGGGGCUCCUUUUUGAUAGGAUUUGUAAUGCUUGUGAUAUAGUAUGGGCUGUAAUGUAAAACUAUGAAGUAACUGUACAAUGGUUAAUCAAUAACCUAUAAAUAACUACUUUUUAGUAAUGUGGAGGUUGUGACAAACUGGCUAGGUCAAGGAAAUUCAAAAGUAAUAUGGGUACACUCUGUCUUUGGUGCCACAAUGUCUAGCUUAAAGACAUUAAUGGGAGUCUUACAAAAUUAUAACAUGAUUUUGAAAAGCAACAUGGCAUAGCAGAUUGAAAUGAUAUCAAUACUUAGAUCUCUACUUUUAAGUUUUCUUGCUUGCUUGUAAUUUGUGUCAUAAUCUUAGCUUUGCACAGAGUAAUUUUUUGGGGGUACUACUUAAACACCCAAAACCUUCCCUCUAGCAGCAAGAAUUGGCACCAUAGACUGACACACAACAGUGUAACAUUUGGAUGUGAACUACCUUAAAUGUAUAUUUAACUGGUAACCUGUAGCAGCUCUUCCUAAAUAUCUACAUGCAGUAUGUGAAGUAAAUGUUCUUCUGAAAAGCAGUUACUGCACAUGCUGUUUAUUCAAAGUUAAAUGUCUCGGCCAUAUUAAACCUUACUUUGUUCACAUUAUUAAGCAAUUGGGCCAUACUAACUGCUUACCAAAUUUUUAUUAAAUCAAAGUUGUUUUUGAUCAUUAUAAGUGCAAAAAGCAUUGUAAAGUUUUUUUACAUUUGUAGAACUAAAAUGCUGUACAUUUAAAAAUUAAAAAAAAAAAGACUUGCUAGGC